GCAAUCUAUAAGAUCUGCUGCAGGAUCCUCUCAUCUUCUAGUUCCUGUGCAGACAACCCAGAGAGCCAUCCAUCACCUGCAGGGGCCCCUCCUGACCACCACCACCCCGCUGCAAACCAGAUCUCUGGAGACAUGGACUGCUCAGAAUGCUGCGGACUCCUAACAAAGGAGAAGCUGCCAAUCCCCCUUCAGGGCAUAUCGGUUGACAUCCAAGUGAACGGCUUUGUGGCGGAUGUAUCGGCCACUCUCAAGUAUAAGAACAAGGAGGAGAAUGCGAUGGAAGCCAUCUUUGUCUUCCCCAUGGAUGAAGACUCCGCCGUCUACAGCUUUGAGGCCACAACAGAGGGGAAGAAAAUUAUAGCCGACCUGCAGGAGAAGAAGCAGGCUCAAAAGACCUAUGAUGAGGCCAUUAGCCAGGGUCAACAAGCCUUCCUUCUGCAAGAGGAUGAGAGCUCCGGGGACAUCUUCAGCUGCAGCGUUGGGAAUCUCCCUCCCGGUCAGGAGGCUGAGGUCACCCUGAAAUACGUAGCGGAGCUGUCGGUGGAGGCGGAUGGAGCUGUGCGCUUUGUUUUACCUGCUGUCCUCAAUCCCAGAUACACCCCUAAAGAUGAGAAGGAGAGCAUUACAGCCAAUCUACCCAAGGUUCCGAUAAGUGAGAUCCCAUACACGCUGAGCCUUGCGGCCCAAUUCCAAUCUGCUUAUGGCAUUAACAAGAUUGAGAGUUCAUGUGACCUCACCCCAAUCCAGUACACCAACAAUGACAAGACUGAGGCCAAGGUUGCGCUGGCCGAGGGUCAUAAAUUUGACCGCGACGUGGAACUUCUUGCCUACUACAAUGAAGUCAACAAGCCCAGCGUCACUCUGGAAUCGGGUCUUCCAGAUGCUGGAGAAGGUUAUUUUAUGGCCUAUCCUGUCGCCAUGUUGAAUUUCUACCCCAGCUUUCCAGAAAGCCAGGAACAGUCAAAGUGCGGAGAGUUCAUAUUUGUUGUGGACCGGUCCGGCAGCAUGGAUUGUGCGAUGAACUCUGAACCGAAUGCCCCAAUGCGCAUUCAGAGUGCUAAGGAGACACUGGUACUUCUAUUGAAGAGUUUACCCCUCGGAUGCUACUUCAAUAUCUAUGGCUUUGGUUCCCACUUUGAGGCUUUCUUUCCGGAAAGCAUGGAGUACACACAGGAAACUCUGGAGGCCGCUGUUGAGAAGGUGAACCAGAUGUCGGCAGACAUGGGAGGAACUGAGAUCCUGCAGCCACUACAGAAAAUCAAUAAAACGGCAGGAAGACCAAAACACCCACGACAAGUCUUCAUUUUCACGGAUGGAGAAGUGGGGAACACGCAGGAGGUGAUAGCGGAGGUCCAUCGAAACUCGCACAAUCACCGGUGUUUCACUUUUGGGAUCGGUGAAGGAGCUUCCACAGCUCUCAUUAAAGGCCUGGCCCGGGCAGGAAAUGGCAGUUAUGACUUCAUCACGGGAAAGGAUCGUCUGCAGCCAAAAGUUUUGAAAGCUUUGAAAUGCGCCUUACAGCCCACAGUAAAGGAAAUUUCCUUAAACUGGACCCUUCCUCCCGAUGUGGAGCAGAAUGUUGUAUCUCAGAUGCCGAAUGCCAUCUUCCAGGGUCAGAAGUCAAUCAUCUAUGUCCAGUUCAAAGGAAAGCUGGAGCAGAAGGAAGUCCGGGUCUCUCUACAGUACAACUUUAGAGAUGAAGUAUUCACCAAUGAACUGCAGUUUCUCCUGAAGAUGGACAAUGUAGAGAGGCCGACCAUCCACAGACUGGCAGCCAAAAAUCUAAUUUCUUUCCUGGAAUCUGAAGAGGAGUCUGAAGAGGUGAAGAAGAGGAUCCUGGAAACCAGCCUGCAGUCUGGUGUUGUCUCCUCUCUCACAGCCUAUGUAGCCAUCAACAAGGACACAAAGACACGUGUAGAGGGUCCUUCUGUGCAAAGGUUCAGCCCUCCAGUUGCCAUGGCCUGUUGUUAUAUGCCUCAAUCGAUAUCCAUUUGUUACGACUCUGCCCCAGUGGUGUUGGCUGACAUGGCGCCUGUUGCAAUCCUUGAGUCUGCAGAUCACUGA